CGAGGCUCCGGAGGGUCCGGGUGGGCUGCCCCGGGGGUGGAGAAAUGAGGCAGUAGCCCCACCUACCCCGGGCAGCUGGAGAUCUCCCGGUCUGCGCCUGAUGGGCCUGACCACCUAGGAAAAGACCACCCAAAUCCCGCCCCCACCCCCCAAGCCUGCACAAAACCUGGGCUGGGCCCUGCAGCGCUGGCCCGGAUUCUCUGUGCAGCCUGCAGAGGCUCAGCCUCCCCCCUGCACGGGGCCCAGCUUGGGGUAUCAGCAGCAAACCGUCCCUCAAUUCCUGGUCCAGCCUGGGUGCCUCCCCCCAGUGCCCCAGAAUCAGGAUUUGGGGCCCCCCUAGGAAGCCAGGGUGGACAGGCGUGUGGGGACAGGGUUUCCUUCACGUGGGCCUAUUGUGUCCACUGGGGCUUUGCAGCACGUACAGAAUAUUCAUAUUUAGGUAGAAUGAAGCCCAUCAACUUGUCCUUUGCAGCCUGUGGGUUUCUGGGCAUUUACCACUUGGGGGCAGCAUCUGCCUUUUGCAGACACGGCCAGAGGCUGCUGAAGGAUGUCCAGGCCUUCGCAGGGGCCUCUGCAGGAUCCUUGGUGGCUUCUGUCUUGCUAACAGCGCCAGAAAAAAUAGAGGAGUGUAACCGGUUCACCUAUCAGUUUGCUGAAGAAACGAGAAAGCAGUCUUUCGGGGCGGCGACCCCCGGUUACGACUUCAUGGCCCGGCUGAGGAGCGGCGUGGACUCCAUCCUUCCUCCCCACGCCCACGAGCUGGCCCAGGACCGCCUGUACGUCUCCAUCACCAACACCAGGACCCGGCAGAAUUACCUGGUCUCCCGCUUUCCCUCCAGGGAAGACCUCAUUAAGGUUCUCCUGGCCAGCAGCUUUGUGCCCAUCUACGCGGGACUGAGACCAGUGGAAUACCAAGGGCAGGUAAAGUCGCCGUCACGGAGGAGCUCACGCCAAUCUCCCCAGAAAUCCACCUCCUCCAAAAGGGGCCGUUUCCCAUAUUCUGGUCCAGAUCCACGGGUUCGCAUUCUUUGCAUCAAUAGUUUUGUUUCCAAGAAAAAGAACUGGAUGCUCUUUGAUCCCUUAUCAAAAUGCGGCAGCUCUCUCCCCGUCAGGGACACUGGUUCAACACCUGCCUCUCAUCCCCCAGCACCGACUCUGUCUGACACCCAGCAGAGACAGGCUUUUUAUAAUCAAGCACCAUUUCUACUUCACCCACACCAGCCAGCGAGGUGGGUUUAGCAUCCGAGGAUCUCUUUAACGUAGACAAGGUGAGCAUCAGGUAUUUAUAUGACAUACGUAUCCUGUCGUCCAAUACCCGUCUCCGUCCGGACGACUCAGUAGCCACGUGCUUACGACAUAUCAUUUGUAGGGAGGUCCCUCUCUUUAGCCAUCUGAAAUCCUGACUGCGGCCAAUUAGAAGCAAUACACCCAGGGAAUUUUUUUAAAGAGUGCAUAAAAAAUUUACCUAUCCUACAAACUAGGUAAGCUUUCCUAAUGUUUCCUAGUUUUGAUGCUGUCAGUCCCAGCUAAAACAUGUUCAGUCUCCAAGGAAAGUAUGGCCUGUUUUGUCAUUUAGAAUUUUAUUUGCAAUACAUCACGCUCGGAAGGCAUCGUUCAAGUAUUAUUUUCCCUCUGGAAAUGAGGUUGGCAUUUAUUUCUACAUUACGUUUUUGAAUAGACUUAAAAGUCGCUAUCAAAAAACCAGCUUCGUACGGUGAACAUUGGUUUUGUAACGAUGUGAAAUCUAAGUGACUUGAAAGUACCCUUUAUAAUAUACUCAUUAUAAAAAUGGGAACUAUGGUUAAGAAAAAUCCUAAGGCAUUUCGUGAGAUUGUGCAUUCACAUCCAAAGAGGUGUGUCAGUUCGUUCCAUGUUGCUAUCACACAAUACCUAAGGUUCGUAGUUUAUAACCAAAAAGGUUUUAAGCUCGCCAUUUGCAGACUGACAGUCCAAGGCCGAGUGAGCCCACCCGUGAACCUCUGGUGAGGAUCUCUCACUUCCUGAGUAAUAGAAUCUCAUUUUAUCUGGACGGAUGGCCGUGUAGCUCAAAGGUUAGUUUUCUUAGCUUGCCCUGCAGAUGAGUAUGCCUACCCAUUGAGUUGUUGGCCAAGAAGAUGUAAACUGAGAUUGGACUUACAGCCAGGAAGGUGGUAUACAGGCCAACGAGAUGCAAGCCGAAUUCCUGUGAGGCACGUGGGAAGGGAGAUUGUGCAUUUUCUGUUCUUCUUGUCUUCCUUUCCUGUUUCCUGGAACUUAGACGUGAUGACUGCAGCCUCAGCAUUCAUUGUGAAACGUGAGGUCAAACAUCACACCCUGGAGAUGCCAAGUAGGGAGCUGGGCUCCYGAAUCUUUUUCCUUUUUGGAUGGGGAGGAGGGGCCCCGGUAGUAGACCCCACUCGUAGGCCAGGUUAUCACAGAUGCCUGCCAUCCACUUGGGACAAGAGGAGCAUCCUCAGAAGGAAUUGUAACUGAUAUUCUCCAAGAGAGAGCAUCAGCAUCRGCAAACGGCCAACUGUCCGAAUGACGAUCGCGUCCACGAGGGCCCGGCGCAGAUGAGAAGAAAGGCUUUAGGAUUUUUUGGUUUUUUUUGUUUUUUUCCUUUGGUCUGAGUUAGAAUUCAAGCGAUAUUUUUAUUUUAUUUUUACAAGAACGCCUGUUGAAAAUCGGUCAAUUGCAGACCUCUCCCCUGAGCCUUUGCAUUACAGAUCAAUCAUCUUUCAUGAUUGACACACAUGGGAAAGAGAAUGGUGAGAGACUCUCUUCCUGUGCAUUUACAUAGAAUCAUUACCACCGUCCUUAGGCUCCCGUCUCUUCCUGACUUCGGCAUUUCCCACAAAAGCCUAAUUCAGUCUUUAUCUCAGCGAACGGCCCCGGCCGGGCUCUCUGGACCCUCUGGAUUUGGCUGGAUGGGAACCUCAGUGUCCAUCAGUACGGUUACGACCACGGGCCAUCUGUAGACCCAAGGAGGUGGAUGUGUGCCAAUAAAACUUUAUUUAAAGAAGGAAAUGGUGGGCCGUCACUUACCAGGCUACAACCUAGAACAAGGAGUUCCCCAAGAUGCACUUUCCUCUUGUAAAAUGAAGGGACCGGAUAUGCAGUCGAGAUACGGGGCCUGGAGGAAAACCUAAUGUCUACGGAGUUUGCUGCCAUCUGCAGCUUUAGGUAUCCACUGGGGGUCUCGGAACAUAUCUCCCACAGAAGCUACAUCACUGUUGACCCAGGCAACUAACGCUAACGUGGCGCAUGCUUGGGAUGUGGUCAGAGACUUUUGGAAGGGGGUAGUGGGUGAGCAGUGGUAAUGAGGGGCAGCAGUGUAGGUCCAGCAAUGAGCUUUAUUAACACGGUGACCUUUUAAUUUGUUCUUUUUAGU